AUGGAUGUGUUUCGAGAGAGCUACAGUACUUAUUGCUUCGUGUUGUGCAUGACUGGACUCUGGCCCGAUGACGAGUCUUUACUAACGAGAAUACAGAGGGUGGCGUUUACUCUGCUCAAUAUCUCGUGUAUAGUGGUCCAGGCAACAACGUUAAAAACGGCUGAAUUGACGCUGUACAAUACACUUAUAAUGUUAUCGUACAGCUUUCCGAUGAUACUAUAUUUUCUACGAUAUUCGUGGUUUGUGAUGAAUAUUUCCGAAAUACGAGCCGUGUUCGAAAGUAUUGGAAGGGAUUACAGUACAAUGAAGGAUCCUCUCGAACUGGGGAUGUUUAUGAAACAUAUGGCAGAAACGAGACGUGUUAUCAUGGCAUACAUAGUUCUAGCAGCUCUGAUAGCAGCUUAUAUAAUUGUGGCAAUACUGGUCCCUACAAUACUACACUCGAAACUUCAGCUUCGUUACCUACGCAUGUUUGGGUUCUUUUACAACGAGGAGAACGCACAAACUGAUUGGGUUGGCCUGCAGCUUGUAUUGGUAAGCGUGUUAGGUCAAUUAGCGUUAGUAGGUACGGAAGCGUCGGGUGCCGUUUUCUCUGCCUAUUUGUGUGGAUUAUUUGAAAUCACCAGUCAUCGAGUGCACGCUGCAGUCAAAGAUGUGGCAAAUUCUACUUCAUCAAGACAAAUAGACAUACAAUCAGCCAUACAAAUACACCAACGAGCUGUCGAGUUGGCCGCACAGCUCGGCAAAUGCAUGACGUAUUCGUAUUUAAUGGCGAUCGUGGCAGUCGUCCUCUCGUUUGCUGUGAACUUAUAUCGUCUUCUUCUGGCAAUUAAGAACGCGGACGACGUGGAAAACCUGUUCUUUUCUGCAUCCCUCACGCUGUCGCAUAUUUUAAUUAUGUUCCUAGAUAAUCAUAGCGGUCAGAAACUGGUGAGCACUAGCGUCGAAGUUUUCCAUGAAACGUAA